AUGCCUCACCUCAGACUCCUGCGCCUCUUCUUGAUCCUCUUGGCCGCCAGGGCAGGCCUAGCGCUCAAGUUGUACAAGGCCGAAUCCAUCUUCAGCUGCGUCGACGCUGCUCUCUCGGAGGCUCAGAAGGGCCUUUCCGACGAGAACUCCAUCCUGGGAAAGAGGAGCUUCAAGUACUCCCCAGGGGCCGAAGACGUCUCCUCUGAAGACGAUGAUGAGGAAGGUGAGGCAGAGGAGGAGACGGGGAAAAGGACGUUCCCGGCAGUCACCCGGUAUAAAUACCUUGCCCAGGCACAGGGGAAAGGGAAGAUGUACCAAGAUCAGGCCAAGAGCAACCGGCGCACUAAGUUCACCCUCUCCCUCGACGUCCCAACCAACAUCAUGAACAUCCUCUUUAACAUUGCCAAGGCCAAGAACCUGAGGGCCAAGGCGGCAGCCAACGCUCAACUGAUGGCUCAGAUUGGCCGGAGAAAGUGA